AUGUCAAGUCUUGACUCAAUACCAGGAGCGUAUUGGCCAAACGGCUGGUCGAAGGAGUUCCUGCUCCAUGCUACCUCCGCUGACAUCCUUUCUCUUUCAGAUGAUGAAAAGAACCGCAUGUUUGACAGCUUGCGUUCCGCUCUCGGCACAGAUGGAUUCAUGGAGCUCAUGACGGAAGCAAGUCGUAACCACAAAGCACGCGUCGCCCAAGAGGAAGCCGCACGAGUUGCUGCAGGCGGCGAAAAAAUUCAGACAAUAGAUGAAUUGCGCAAGACCGAGAUGCCAUUGUACAUGAAAGCUCUGCAGCAGUAUUAUCCUGGAGACCAACCUUGGGGAUUUGUCGUCCUCAAAACAUGUUGCUAUGAUGACGAUGAGCGGUGGAGCCAGUUCNAAUCCAAGUGGGACGCUGUGAUUGCUUCAAGUUUCGACAAGGAAUCUCUCGUUGACGGCAUAUCUGAUGUCAACCGUCGAUUCAGGAUCGAUUGGAUCGAAAAUCCACAGCUGGAGAGUGCCAGUCUACAGCAGGUGACAGAACAACACUGCAGCUUUGUCGCCCCCAGCGAAGCAGUGCAUGAAGCUCUUAUGCCAAAGAUGUGCUUGGUUGUGAAUGAAGCAUCGCUGCAGUCAUUUUUCGACUCCAAAAUCCCGACUCCGACUCCAUGGACUUCUGAAACAAUGAUUCCUUAUGUUCUCGCAGUUUCUCUGGCCACCCAAAACACAGUGUAUGAUGACGAAAAUCCCGAUCAUGGCUCUCAACCAUCCUUCAAUGUUGCUGUGGGCAGUCUCAAUACACUGUGGGGUGUGAUUGCAAGCAACCUCCAGUCGUCAAGAGAGCUUAGUGCAGGCACGCGGAACAACCAGAUCUGGAUUGCAGACACCGGACCACGGUUCCAGAUGGGUAUCGCACAGGGAGCCAUGGGCCGACGAGGACAAAUGUGA